UGGUCAUCCCUGUACUGUGUCCGCAGUCUCUGGUCAUCCCCUGUACUGUGUCCGCAGUCUCUGGCCAUCUCCUGUACUGUGUCCGCAGUCUCUGGUCAUCUCCUGUACUGUGUCCGCAGCCUCUGGUCAUCUCCUGUACUAUGUCUGCAGUCUCUGUCAUCCCUGUACUGUCCGCAGUCUCUGGUCAUCUCCUGUACUAUGUCCGCAGUCUCUGGUCAUCUCCUGUACUAUGUCCGCAGUCUCUGGUCAUCUCCUGUACUGUCCGCAGUCUCUGGUCAUCUCCUGUACUGUCCGCAGUCUCUGGUCAUCUCCUGUACUAUGUCUGCAGUCUCUGGUCAUCUCCUGUACUAUGUCUGCAGUCUCUGGUCAUCUCCUGUACUGUCCACAGUCUCUGAUCAUCUCUGUACUAUGUCCGCAGUCUCUGAUCAUCUCCUGUACUAUGUCCGCAGUCUCUGGUCAUCUCCUGUAGUCUGCAGUCCAUUAGUUCAGAAUUUUAUUUUUUUCCUGUUUUCUGCCUCU